GCUUUCUUUAUUCUUUCUCAUUUUCCUUCCCUAUAAUUCCAUUCGAGUUUUGUGCAAACUUAUUUGUUGUAACAUAAGCAAUGUGUUGUAUGAAUGGUUUAAUUUCUAAUUUAGUUUGCUGCACUUGAUAUUGUUGGAUCAAAACUAAUUUAGCAUAAAUAUGUUUCUCUUUCAAAAAAAAAAAAAAAAGUCUUUUAUACAAGGAGGAGAGAUAUCUAAAAAAAUGAAAGCAAAUAUGUUCUGAACAUGGAUAAUUACUUUUUUACCUUUGCUACGAAGACUAAAACUCAGCUAGUGCAGUAGAAAAUACUCGAAGACUAAGACUUCUCACUCUUAAAAAACAAAUACUUUUACCAUUUAAACUAAGCCUGAAGUGAGAAAGUAUCUUAUAACAUAUUUCGAUGGAAUUAGAAUGGAUUUUAAGGAAUUAAACUGAAACUUUGAAAGAACCAAACUUAAAAUUUCAGAAAAAUUAUAAAACAUAAAAUUAAAAUCUUAAGAGAAUAGGGGGGAUUUAAAAUUUUCAUAUAUAUAGGUAAAACUAAAAUUUUGAAAUUUAUUUUAUAUUCGCCUAAAUAUUUGAAUACUUAUUUUAGUUAUAAGAAUUUAAAUUACAUUACUUGGAUUUUUCCAAAUAUAAAACACUGUCACAGAUUUAAGUGUUAGAUGCUGUGUGAUAGUAUUACUAAACACUAAACGGAAAGAAAAAUUCAAUAAGUGAAAUCCUGCGCAAAAACACCUGAAAAUCUGAUGUUUCACGAAAGGAAAAGAGUAAACAUGUAAAAGUUGGAUAAAGCAAGGUAUAAAUAGAAUUGCACGAAAGGUGAAUAAUGAAUGGAAAUUAUAGUAGAAUAUUACUUGUCUAGAAAUUACAUUGGUAAACCGAGAAUCUCUUGUGCAGAAUUAUGGACAAAGAAAUAGAAGAGAGGCUUCUUGGAUCAGAAGUUGUAGCUGAGGAUCUAAAAAGCAGGGUUUGGACAGAGUCUAAGAAGAUAUGGAGAAUUGCAUUCCCUGGAAUCGUGGCUAGAAUAAGUUCUUUCGGAAUGAUAGUGAUUACACAAUUAUUUAUUGGGCACAUUGGCGCUGUACAGCUUGCUGCAUAUGCACUUGAACAAACCAUCUUUGUCCGAUUUGUAAAUGGAAUUAUGAUUGGCAUGUCAAGUGCAACAGAGACAUUAUGUGGACAAGCAUUUGGAGCAGGACAACACCAUAUGAUGGGUAUCUAUUUGCAAAGGUCAUGGAUAGUAGAUGGUACCCUUGCAACGAUACUACUCCCUAUAUUCAUUUUUACUACACCAAUUUUGAAACUAAUUGGCCAGGAGACAGAAAUAGCAAACGUAGCUGGAGAAAUCUCCUUGUGGUUCAUCCCAUUCCUCUAUUACUUUGUGUUUAGCCUGACUUUGCAAAUGUACUUACAAGCUCAAAUGAAAAACCAGAUUGUUGGCUGGAUUUCUGCGAUCUCCUUUGGGAUUCUUGUGCCUUUGUCCUGGUUAUUUGUCUCCAAACUAGACUUGGGUAUCUCUGGUGCAAUGGGUGCAUUGAACAUAUGUAGUUGGUUAACAGUAAUAGGACUGUUUGCUUAUGUUUUGGGAGGUUGGUGUCCUGAGACAUGGAAAGGGCUCAAUAAAGCUGCAUUUAAGGAUCUCUUGCCUGUGAUUAAGCUCUCAAUCUCCUCUGGCAUAAUGAUCUGCUUGGAACUAUGGUAUAAUUCUAUCCUAGUCCUUUUAGCUGGAUAUAUGAAGAACGCGACGAUUGCAAUAUCAGCUUUCUCCAUUUGCCUCAAUAUCAGUGCAUGGGUAUUUAUGAUUUGCCUUGGAUUCCUUGGAGCUGCAUGCGUCCGAGUGUCAAAUGAACUGGGAAAGGGAAAUGCUAAAGCUACAAAAUUCUCUAUCAAAGUCAUCCUCUGUACUUCAGUAUGUAUUGGAGUGGUGUGCUUCAUUUUAUGCCUCAUCUUCGGUCGACAAAUCUCAUACCUAUUCACUGAUAGUGAGGAAGUUGCUGAUAGUGUAUCAGACCUCUCUGUGCUACUUGCUUUCUCAAUGUUAUUUAACAGCAUUCAGCCAGUACUCUCCGGAGUAGCCGUUGGUGCUGGUCUACAAAGUAUGGUUGCAUAUGUUAACUUGGGGUGCUAUUAUGGGAUUGGAAUACCUAUAGGAGCUCUGCUUGGCUAUGUUGGUCAUCUUCAAGUCAAGGGUUUGUGGAUUGGAAUGUUAUGUGGAGUGGUAAUGCAGACACUUGUAUUAGCUUUCCUCAUAUGGAGAACCGAUUGGGACCUCCAGGUAAACAAGGCAUUAGAACGUCUUAAUCGGUGGUUUGUGGAUCCAUCAAAAGAAUCAAAUGAAGAUGAGAACUCUAAUUCUAAUGUCUGAUACACGUAUGGCUGUUUAAAAUUGUGCGAUGAGAGCCAUGGUUAUUCCGGAUUUGAAUCAUAAUGCAAGUCUAAUUUGUGGGUUUUUUUGGGGCAGAAUAGAUGUUGUUUAAUUGAUGCAGAGACUUAGUAUUUGGAUAUUGUUUUAUAAAUUUUCACUUUCAGGCUCUAUGUUGAUUUUGCAUGAUCAAUGGACUUAGAAAUUGAAGGUUCAAAUUGAUUAUAUACA